AUAUUAUAGAAUACUAUACUUGUUCAUGUAAAGAGAAUUGGUGUAUGUGCUUUGUUUUAGAGUCAACGAAAUUCUUUAAAUUGCUACUGCCACUAGAGAGGUUAAAAAUAAAGUAGCAUAAAAUUUGAGCUCUUCAAACUUUAGUCACAAUUUUAUAUGUAGACAUAUCAUCUUGGGGUUCCACCUAUUAAACACCUAAAAUUAACAAGCACAUUCCUAGUUUAAGAUUAAAUUAAAUUUAAGACACGUGAAACUUACUAUAUUUUUUUUUUAAAAAAAAGUUUUUGAGCUAACUUUUGAAAAAAGAUUUUUUUCUUUAAGAAAAAAUAAACUAACUGAUUGAAAAGGAAAAAAGAAAAAUUCUCCCCCAAUAAUCUCCACAUGCCCCUCAUCUCUCAACUUCACUCUCUCCUUUUUCCCGUCAAUCGAAAUCAAGUUUAAUUCAUUUUCUUGGACUUAAAAAAGGAUGAUCCCAAGAUGGGUCGAAUCACAAGUGUCUAUUCUACAGAGGCAUUUCUGCAAAAGGCAACUUGAACCGGUGACCUUGUGUCCAGAUUUGAUACAGGCUGGACUUUAUGCUGGAGCUUACCAGUAAUUGUCUUUUAAUUUUAGUGGAGAACCAUUAGAAGUUGGAUCAGCUGCCUCGUUGAGAGUUACUUUUGUAGCACUUACGAUUGACCUUUUCUGAUAAACUAUCUCCCUUACAGCUGGUGAUGAAUACAAACUUAUAGUUCCUUCAUUUUUUGAUAUUUUGAAUGGCUGGAUCUUUGUUGCCAGUGGGCAAGGCAGUCCUACAUUCCCACCAACCCUCCAACUGUUAUAUCUUCAAUGCGAAUCUCCAGCAUCCGAAGUCAAUUCCAGCUCUCCUUCCAUACAGGAAAAGAGCCAAACAGAACAAUACUUUGAACAAGUUGGUGCUCUUAAGCCCAUUAGUUUGCCACUACCGGUUAAAACCGGUUUCUGCACUUGACUCAGAUGCUCCCCGUCCUAUUGAUCAGAGAUCGGAAGAUUUAAAGAGCAGCGAGAGCUUUAAGCAAUGGGAUUCAUUGACUGCAAAAUUUGCAGGAGCUGCAAAUAUUCCAUUUCUCAUAUUACAACUGCCUCAAAUAAUACUCAAUGCCCGUAACCUUCUAGCAGGAAAUCAAGCUGCAUUAUUUGCUGUUCCAUGGCUGGGGAUGUUCACUGGAUUGCUUGGUAAUUUGUCUUUGCUAUCAUACUUUAUAAAAAAGAGGGAGACGGAGGUGGUCGUUGUGCAAACUUUGGGUGUCGUGACCAUUUAUAUUGUGAUAUCACAACUAGCCAUGGCUGGAUCUAUGCCUUUACCUCAUUAUGCAGUCACUUCCGUUGUUAUUGCUUGUGGUCUUGUUGUGAACUUCAUGAACUACUUCUACUUGCUCAAUCCUGCAAUCUGGCGUUAUUGGGAGGAUUUUAUUACUAUUGCUGGGCUAUCUGCACUUCCCCAAGUCAUGUGGUCAACUUUCAUCCCAUAUGUUCCAAACACCAUCUUGCCUGGUGCUAUAGCUUUUGUUCUGGCCAUUCUAGCUGUCAUUAUGUCGCGGACUGGGAAACUUCCAGAGAAGGGCAUCAAAUUUGUAGGAUCAUUGUCAGGAUGGACAGCCACUCUUCUUUUCAUGUGGAUGCCAGUUUCACAAAUGUGGACAAACCUUCUAAAUCCAGAUAAUAUUAAAGGUUUAUCAGCUCUUUCAAUGUUGCUUGCGAUGAUCGGGAAUGGACUCAUGAUUCCACGAGCACUCUUUACUCGGGAUUUGAUGUGGUUCACUGGUUCAACUUGGGCAUGCAUUUUUUAUGGAUGGGGAAACCUUGUCUGCUUAUAUUGCUGCAAAGUUACAAGCAGGGAAUUUUUCUUGGCUUCGACAACUGGCUUUGUAGCAUGGCUGGUGUUCAGCUUUUGGAGAGACACACAAGUAUAUGGUUAUAAUUCUCCGUUGAAAUCGUUGAAGGAAUUGAUUUCUGGUUCAUAGCUGAUCCUACUUGUCCUACCUUGGCUUUGGUUGUUUGUUUGAAAAGCAAGAAUGUUCGAGUUUGGGAUUUCUGCUAUAAAUCAAGUGCUCUUCUUUAAAAGAUCUGGUGAAAGUGCUUUUGACAAAUGUCUGGGGGUACAUGAGGCAAGGUCUAGUUGCAAUGGCAAAUAGUGAGAAAGGUUCCUGUGGUUUUUUUUACUACAUAUAAUGCCAAUGAAUAAUAAAACUACAAAUGCAAUGUUAGAGCAAAUAUAUUUGUUGUAUUCCAUUUUGGGACCAUCCAUUUUUCCAUGAAAUUAACGCAGUUUAAGGUAA